UUUGGUGGCGUUCUCGUUGCCAUCGUCGCCGUGGUUUGCUUAAGUUCCCUUAUAUCAGUAGUCUACAGAACCCUGAGCCGUUCAAGAAAUGCCAUUUCCUUUCAGUAGAGUUAGUAGUUUUCUAUUAUUAUUAGUUUUCAGGUUUCGAAGGUAUAUGAAAACAAACCUCAGCGAUUUAUAUCUUUAAAAUGGAUGGCUUUUUUUGAACCCUCGUUAAAGUCAGGUGUUUGAAUAAUAAUUGGUCUCAUUACUAAACAACGUAAAUGAAUCACGGAAGUGGAACUAAAGAUGCUGCUCAACCGUAAAGAGAAACCGCAUGUCUUCUAUUAAUUCCUCAAACUUCCAACAGAUCUGUCUAUACAUCAGCGGACUAACCGCCUCGCUAAGUGUUAUUGUCGGCUUUGAACAUCGAAAAGUCGAUACGACUCUUAUCUUGGUUAACGUUCUACAUAGAAAAAUGUCUGCCUCAUUUGAAGCAGAAGAGAUAUCAAACAAUCGAAAUGUUUCAUUUCCUCCCCAACAAAACUCAACAAUAGCUAUUGAAUUAGACGAAAUGGAAAUAUUGUCUGGUCCUCUGAGUGCUGAUGAAGAAGCAUUUUUUGAAGCUGUUCAAAGCGGCGACAAAGAGUCAGUUCAGACGUUACUACAUGACAAACAAGUCGACGUCAAUUGCAGAAAUACUAACGGAGAAACCGCGCUACAAAUAGCCGUUGAUGAGGAAGCAAUCGAUAUCAUCAAAACGCUCCUGGAAAAUCAGGCAGAAAUUGGUUCAACGUUGUUCCAAGCUGUUAGGAACAAUUCCUUGCAGUGCGUCAGGAUUCUCGUGGCAUAUGAUUCGAAUCAGAAAAUCAGCACUGCAAAAGAAAGAAGUUCAGCAACGACAUCGAAAACACUAAAAUGCUCAGGGAUGUUUGAUGAGUUUCUGACGCCGCUCGGCUUGGCUGUAGUGAACGGAAACUACGCAAUUGUCGAAUUUCUCGUCAGCAAGGGAUACAGAGUAGAAGAUCCACAAUCGCAGAAAGCUCAAGAUGCCUCCGAACGAAGUGUAAAGGAAUCGAUGGCCAGGCUUAAAGAUUCUUUGGUAAAAUUGAACACUUACAGAGCUCUAGCAAGCCCUCUGUAUAUAUCUCACCUAUUUCUGCACCAAAGCAAGCACGUGGGUUUACGCAACGCUGAACAUGCAGCCAGCGACCCCUUGUUCCGAUCUAUAGUAUUAAAGAAGAAACUGAAGGAAUUAUCAGUCAGCGAAGACGAGUUUCGUGAUGAUUAUCGGGCCCUUUCAGCUCAGUGUGAGAAUUUUUCAAUUCAGUUGCUUGAUGAGUGUAGAAAUCUUGAAGAAAUCGCUGCUGUUAUGGACAUGCCGGAACUUGAAAAGAUGGAAGAGGAAGUACAUUUGAGAGAAAAAGAGAAGCGAUUGCGUGUUCUAAACCUUGCCAUAAAACAUCACAACGUCAAGUUUAUAGCUCACCCUUACAGUCAAGUGAUGUUGAAUUCAGUCGUGUACAAGGGAACAUCAGGAUGUCGUCAACUGUCUUUUCCCAUUAAACUUGUUCUGGUCAUGUUGUACACCAUUGUUAUGCCGCUGUGCAUGUUGGGAUAUAUGCUUACUCCGUCCAACCGUUUUACAAAGAAGCUGGAGAUACCGCUGUUCAAGCUGAUGAGCCAAGCCUCCUCUGUUCUAUGGUUUCUGGUUAUAGUAACAAUGUCAGCCUUCCAGGAUAAAUAUGACACGUUUUUACGUCUGUCACCACUGACUAUAAUCAUUGGAAUCUGGGUGAUAGGAAUCACUGUUCAGGAAAUCAAACAUGCCCUGCACCAAGGGAAGGAGCGAUACUUGUCAGCCUGGUGGCACCUCGCUGUAAUACCCAUGAUCAUAAGCUACAUUAUUGCUGCUGUCCUAUGGAUCGUGGGCUACGCAUUCAUUGCCUCGAAUUCAGGUUCUUGGACCGUGCAUGUUCGCCAGCUACUGGGCUCCACUUCACUCGCCCCAUACCACCUCCUGCUGUUGUCUAACAGUUUCUACUCCUUUGCGGUGAUUCUGACAUUCUUUGAGGCUUCCCACGUUCUUCUGGUUGACUCCACUUUGGGACCGCUUCACUUAUCGCUCAUGAAUAUGGGCAGAGAUAUCAUGAAGUUUUUCGUGCUUUUUUCCCUCAACGUUUGUGCGUUUGCUCUCGCCAUGAGAAAACUGUACUCACAGUACGUGCAGACCUCGACACAGGUCACAAAGAACAGCAACACCACAACAAGCCACGCCUUUGAAAGAAUUGAGGGAGUAUUUGGCACCUUAUUUUGGGCAUUGUUCGGGCACGUAGAAAUGUCCACCUUCAACACCAGUGACCAAGCUCAAAUAACUGAAGUCACGGGCCAUUUACUGUUCGCUACAUACAGCCUCGCUUCCGUGUUGGUUGCACUGAAUCUUCUCAUUGCCAUGCUCAGUAACACCUAUAAGAAAGUGGAUGAGGAGAAAGACAUUAAGUUCAAGUUUGCGCGGACCCGUGUCUGGAUGUAUUACGUCAGUGAGAUUAGUGCUCUGCCUCCUCCGUUUAACCUGUUUCCUAUAGACAAGGCCGCUAUGGCGCUUCACUGGCUCGCAAGACGAUACCACUGGAUUACAAAAGUAAAUUCUCUGGUGUCUAUAAUCACUGGAAUCUGGGUGAUAGGAAUCGCUGUUCAGGAAAUCAAACAUGCUCUGCACCAAGGGAAGGAGCGAUACCUCUUUGCAUGGUGGCACCUCGCUGUAAUACCCAUGAUCAUGUGCUACAUUAUUUCUGCUGUCCUAUGGAUCGUGGGCUACGCAUUCAUUGGCCCGGAUUCAGGUUCAUGGACCAUGCUACUGGGCUCCACUUCACUCGCCCCAUACCACGUCCUGCUGUUAUCUAACAGUUUCUACUCCUUCGCGGUGAUUCUGACAUUCUUUGAAGCUUCCCAUGUUCUUCUGGUUGACUCCACCUUGGGACCGCUUCACUUAUCGCUCAUGAAUAUGUGCAAAGAUAUCGUGAAGUUUUUCGCGCUUUGUGCCCUCAACGUUUUUGCGUUUACUCUCGCUAUGAGAAAACUGUACUCACAGUACGUGCAGACCUCGACUCUGGUCACAAAGAACAGUAACAGCACAACAAGCCACACCUUUGAAAGAAUUGAGGGAGCAUUUAGCACCUUAUUUUGGGCAUUGUUCGGGCACGUAGAUAUGUCCACCUUCAAGACCAGUGACCAUGCCCAAAUAACCGAAGUCACGGGGCAUUUGUUGUUUGCUGCAUUCUGUAUCGCUUCCGUGUUGGUUGCUAUGAAUCUUCUCAUUGCCAUGCUCAGUAACACCUAUAAGAAAGUGGAUGAGGAGAGAGACAUUAAGUUCACGUUUGCGCGGACCCGUGUCUGGACGUAUUACGCCAGUGAGAUCAGCGCUCUGCCUCCUCCGUUUAACCUAUUUCCCCUAGACAAGGCCGCUAUGGCGCUUAAAUGGCUCGCCAGACGAUACCACUGGAUUAGAAAAUGUCUUGGACGUUUUGGAAGUGAACAAAAUACUACCAGAGUGAAGACAAACGAGAAGAGACGCCGAGUCGUCAUCAAAAAUCUGAUUCAUCGCUAUUUCUCCGCGACUAAAAAAACACAAAACGACGAGCCCGAAGAAGAAUCUCCUCCUCCAGAAGAGAUAAAGCAAAAACUAAUGGAGGUCACAAAAACAUUACAGAGCCUGCAAAAUGCGAUCAAGCGGUUUCGUCAUCAGACCCCAACGGAUAAGAGAAACAACCAAGAAACUCAAGUAAAGAAUGAAGCAGUCCUUUUGAGGGAGCAAGACUCUUAAACGAACCGCUUAAUUUGAUCUCGACUAAGUCACUUCAAAAUGAGCGAAUAAUGGGAUAAAUAGGAUUAUUUCUUGUCUGAUGAAUUAAUUAGUGUAGAAAAUCAACGCAUUUACUCAGGAGCCAAAAGCAGUUGACACAUUAUGAUGAGCAUAAAUAUUUUUGACCAUUUUUAGCUUUGUUUUUAAUAUAUUUGCUGUUAUCAUUUUCUUCAGGCAAAAAACAGUCACGUUAACUUAUCUAAGUGCCAAGAUAUUUCGCACUGUUGUGCUAAUAGGGGCAAUACUUGCUUCAUUAGCAUAAGUGACUCAGUUUGGGAUCGAGCUACAAAAAGAUCAGUCAAUCUUUAUGUUGAAACUGCACGAUUAAUUGUCUUAAGCAAUUUUAGCCCCAAGUAUUUAACCCUUUUGUGCGACGAAAAAGAAUGUCUGAGCUCGUUAGUGCUUUUGGUCUGGAAAGCUAAUUUCUCUUUGAAUAUUACACCCAAAGAGCCCAAGAUUUCAUCAAUCACUAAGUUUCACCAGCUCUUCAAAUGAUUGGAGUCAAUUUCUAACUAGUAUGAUACCAUCUCUGAGCAAAGUCGUCUGUUAAUGAGGAGAAAUGAACAUAAUGACGUCUGCAAUGACCGCUCUAUUGGGACACUAUAAAUUGAGAAACAAAUAUUGCAAAUAGAACUGAGAACGUAUUAAAACUUAUAAGAGGUCGAAGCUAAGACUGACCUGUUGGCUAUUUAGAAGACGUGGAGGAGUUACAUUUGGAACACCGAACACAAAUCCAUCUAGUGGCAUUAGGGAGAUUUGAAUUCGGGACCUCGGCCACGCACGCAAGAGUGCUGUGUUUUUGCAUUAAAGCUCAAAAGUAUAUACGGCGUGUAUAUAUCUUCAAGUGUCCAUUCUUUCAUUACUGUUCGCUCUUAUACAAUUUUAAGAUCUGGCUAGAUUCUUCUCACUGCGCGACAUUUAAAGCUCCUGCUUACUUAGCAGCUUAAGAAUUGAUCUCCAAUUCUGAAUUUCUUCCUUGAAGUGUACUUUUAUCAACUCUCUUCCCCGGCCGUUUUAAAGACACUUGGUAAAAGAGUUCGUACAAAGAAUCUUUUCACCAACUGUUGAAUAAGCUGUACAACGUGACUACAAAAGUCACGGCCAAAAGGCCAAAAGUCCUUGGCACACUUGUCAAGCCAUAUUUACUAACCAUCUUUAUGCCCUAUGUUAAAAAAAAAUGGUAUUGCAAAUUUGCAAAAAUCUUGCAUAUAAACAACAGCAAACGCGUCCUGUUCUCUGCUGGUGAGGGUUCUCCAAUACACAGACG